UAUAAAUGUCCUCUGUGGAACUGAUACUCUUCGAUUUAGCGUUUAAAAUGGCGACAGUGUUUCGCAUUGUAACCGUUUCAUAUGCUGAAAGAUCGGGUGAUAUACGACCUAAGUUUGAUUUUCCAGUAAAUCUUGUGGUGGAUUAUGAUCCACAAGGUAUAAGUGUCAAAUUGAAACAAGAAGGGAGUGAAGAUGAACUAGUAGAAUUUCCAAUAUACCGCUCAACAGAAUGUGCCCGUGUUGGCUCACAAAUAUAUGUUAUCACCGUAGAAACAGAGACGUUGUUUUUGAAAUUCAAAGAUGAACAAGAUUCAAGAAACUUUCACACAGCUGUAACCAAAGUAAAGUCAGGUAAAGGUACAUCAGUAUUCACGGAACGUACUGAUGACUCUUCGGCCAUGCAGUAUUUCCAGUUCUACGGCUACCUAUCUCAGCAACAAAAUAUGAUGCAGGAUUAUAUUCGGACCAGCACGUACCAAAGGGCCAUCCUUGCUAACUUGCCGGACUUUAAGGAUAAGGUUGUGCUGGACGUGGGUGCAGGAUCAGGAAUCUUGUCUUUCUUUGCUAUUCAGGCCGGUGCACGAAAAGUGUACGCUGUUGAAGCUAGUACAAUGGCGCAACAUGCUGAGACGCUGGUCAAUGCUAAUAACUUAAAAGGAAAGAUAGUAGUAAUUCCAGGGAAAAUAGAAGAAAUAACAUUACCAGAGUUGGUAGAUGUCGUAAUCUCGGAACCGAUGGGCUAUAUGUUGUACAAUGAACGGAUGCUCGAAACCUACCUCCAUGCCAAGAAGUGGCUUUUACCAAAUGGUCGAAUGUUCCCAACACGCGGCGAUCUCCACAUAGCUCCGUUUACGGAUGAUAGUCUGUACAUGGAGCAAUUCAAUAAGGCAAACUUCUGGUACCAGCAGUGCUUUCAUGGUGUUGAUCUCAGUAGUCUGCGCCAGGCAGCUAUGAAAGAAUAUUUUCGACAGCCAAUUGUUGACACUUUUGACAUGAGAGUGUGUAUGUCAAAAUCAGUGCGGCAUGUAGUUGAUUUUCAAGAGGCAGAAGAGUCAGAUCUGCAUCGAAUUGAAGUGCCACUGGAUUUCCAUCUCUUAGAAUCUGGCACAGUGCAUGGCCUUGCUUUCUGGUUUGAUGUCGCUUUCAUCGGAUCAGUGCAAACAAUAUGGCUGUCUACGGCACCGACAGAACCACUGACACAUUGGUACCAGGUCCGAUGCCUCCUAGAAACGCCCAUCUUUGUGAAAGCCGGCCAGCUUUUGACUGGUCGUGCGUUGCUUAUUGCAAAUCAGAGGCAAAGUUACGAUGUGACAAUAGAGCUCUGUGUGGAAGGCACAGGCACACGUUCAGCCAACACACUGGAUCUGAAAAAUCCUUACUUCCGGUACACAGGCCAAGCUGCCCAGCCUCCACCUGGAGUGAACCAUUCAUCACCCAGCGAGACAUACUGGGGACAGCUUGAUGCUCAAGGGGCACGGCAGGGCUUGUCAGGCAAACACAGACACAAGAAGAAAGGCAGUCAUGUGGAGGUGCAUGAACUUCCAGGUUACAGUUUAAGAUGCAGUCCUUCAUCCUCUGCCACAUGAAGCCUCAAAUCAGCUUGGAGAUAUAACUGCAGUACCAGCAGGAGAAAUGUCACAGGCCAUCUGGGGUCAGAGGAAGAUGUUUAUUAUUAGAGAUCUUGGUCUAGAUCAGUUUGCCAUGACAAGCUUUCAGGCAUGCCAUGAAUUUUUAUGAGAUCCACACAUUAUAGUUGGAAAGGCAAUAUCUUAACUUUUUGUAAUUAGAAUUUGUAAUACACACUCCUCACACAUUGGUUCAUCAUCAAUAGUUUUAUCCAGCAGAUGUAAUGUUUUGUUUUUCUAUGCCUACAUUCUUAUAGGCAAGUAUUUAUAUGUAAAUACAUCUUUUUGGCCAUAUAUAUAGUUUUGUACUCCCCUUUUGUGUGGCGAAACUUUGUGGUGUGCCAUUAAGCAUAUUUGGGAAAUUAAGGUUUGCUGAUGAUGAGGAAAGUUUGUGGAACACUGAUCUAGAUUAUACACCUCUCAGUAUGGAAUGCUCUCCGAACUCUUACACUGUGCUGGAAUAGGGGAUUUAUCCCCAGUAAUGCAGAAUUGGCAGCCAUACUUUAACUCAGGUGAUGUAACUAGGUAUGAUAGUGUUCUGUCCGAAUUUGGUAUAGAUUCUGUCAUGUAGCAAAGUGGUUCAAAUAGUAUUUAUCUCCAGACUCCUGAAAUGUUAGAUGUGAAAGGAAAUUAUAGCUUGAUUUUUCAUAAAUUUGCAUGAUUUAUAAAAAUUUGCUUUGUACAAAUUUAACCAUCAAAUUACAACUAAGAAACAAAGAAGUGCCCCUGAAGAUGACCCUGUGGAGGUUAAUACAUAUCAGGCUAUUGACGAACGUAACACUGCUAGUCAUGAUUGCAUUGUCACGUUUGAAUAAUGGUUGCAGCUUGUUGGCUACAGCUUCAUCACUUGACAGAAUGUUCAGUAUGAAUUGUAGUCCUGACUGUACAGACCUACAAUCGCCAUGGACAGUUGUGUUGUGGAAGGAGCUUUACGUGGAAGUCAUGUACAUCAAAGAAAGGAAACUCUAGGAAGAAGUCAGACCUCACAAAUGUAUAGGAUGUGUAUCUGAAAGGUACAUUGUGUCACGUCCUUGAGACCAUGAUCAAUAUUUUCAGUGUGUGUGGUUUCAUUUCAUGCAUAUGGCAUGAUGUGUGUUGCAUGAUACUCGUUACAUUGCCACCGGGUUAAGUGAAUGGUAUAAUGAAUCUUCAGGAGACAAGAUCAUUGCAUCAGCAUCUUUCAGAUGUAUGAAUUGAUGUGAGCUCUGAAGAUCCACUAGUAUAUCUGCACAAUGGGAGAAUAUAGAUAAAAACUCCUGUUGAUGGAGUUCAAGCCUUGCAGCUUCGACUGUGCCUCAUUGCCCUUUGCAAGGGUUUACUGUUGAACUAUACAGGCCAUUUCAUGACAGCAAAUUAAUUUUCCCUGUGUCAAUGCUGGUCUUCUGGGUUGUAAUGCCAUGUGGACUUGUAGAUGGCUAUCAGCAUUUCAGAGGAACAUAGUGCUUCCAUUUUAUGGCUGAUAAAGGAGAUUAAGUUAGUAUGUACCUACAAUUCUGCAUGGUGUUACAACUGAAAAGAUGUGUCAACAUCCUCGCCACUGUGAGAACCUAAAUAUCAUAAAUGAUCCUCAUUUCUCAUCUUGUGUGAGGGCCUGUACAGUUAACAGAUGAAUAUCAUAUUUACUUCAUUAUAACUCACAUUGACAUAUGCAAGACAUGUAUAGAACAAAACACAUACCAUGCAGUUGGGGUUGAAGGCUUUUAAAUUGCUUUAUUAUGUUGAUUUGUCAAGGAAUCAGAUGUCCCUUCAGUCAUACAAAUGCUUGAUGACAGGAAUAGAAGGAAGAUGGCAUGAGAGAGCAAACAAUUUGCUUGCCACAUAUUUUUAAUGACAUAGGUUGAAGAUACCUAUUAAGGAGUCAAAGCAGUUUGUGAGAAGAUUGCAUUUACUGGGAAGUGUAUGGUGUUUGGCUGUGCAAACUUGUAGAUUGGUGGGUGCCAAAUGACACAGAAAAAGCCAACAAGUGAGCAUCUGCAUUAACAUGGAGUUCUGCAUAGGUAGUUCAUAAUUACAUGACUUUAUUACUUUUUCUCCCUGAUUUUAAUUUGUCUUUCUUAUCAAUUUUAUUUUAUUGUUCUGGUAUUUUGCAUUACAUUGCAAGAAAAAAAUUGUAGAAAGACGUAACUGCUAAAAGAAAGUGCAUUUGUUUCAUUCUAAUGUGACAAUAAGACAUAACUACAUAAUUUACAAGGAUUUUUGCGUCUUUUCACAAAUAUCAUUGACCAGAAUUUUUACUGGAAGACAGUGAAGGUGUUGAUUGUGGUCAUUUGGGUCAUGACAGCAUUUAAUCUUGUAGGUAGUUACAAGUGAGGAAUGUAUUGCAUCCAUCUUCAGGGUACAAAUACACUUACCACCAGAAGACCACAGUUGGCAUUUUUCUGGAUGUUUGCCACAACAUGCAAUGUUUUGUUGUUUGGCAGCAGCAUAUUUGUACUUGCCAAUGUACACUAAACAUUGACACAAAUUUUAGUAUUCGUUUUACUUUAAAUUUUAUGUGUGUUUUGUACUCACUGUGAUAGAAUAGGUGAUUCCACAUCUAUAAUAACUGGCUGUGAAUGACAUGAUUGCUUACAUUUGACUUGUAUGGUUUAUGCAGUAGGUUAAAGGUCAGUUUGUGAUAUUCAACAUGUCUGAUUAUGUAAGACUAGGUUUCCAUGGUGAUGUGACUGUCAGUGAUAUUCUGGGUUAUUGCGCUGUGUCGUAUUUUGGUUGCGCUAAUGUUUAGCGGAUUCCACUGCCUCCAUUAUCAGGUUUAAAGUGGAGGAUCACUAAUGGUUUAAUUUUUGUUAUGUGCAACUUUAACACAAUUUUUUUCUUCUGUUGAGGCACAAUAAUAUUUAAUUUACAAGAAGGUGAGCUGUGGCUCAUGCCCCCUACUGUUUGAGCUACGGGUCAGUUUGCUCUCUCCAGUUUGAAUUUGUGUGAUGAGUAGAACAUCUGUAAACAUUAUUGAAUAAAUGCCAGCAGUUAUCCAGGCAUUAUGUCUGCACUGAUUUGAUCAACCUAAUACUGUCUAGUGAGUAUUGCAAAUUAUGGAUCCAUUAUGUUUUAAUCUUUAAAUUUGUAGGUAACAGACGGGAAGACAAAAUAUUCUCAGUUAAAUGUUAACGAGAACUUUCUUCAUUGAAUCUGUUUUCUAAUGCAAUUUGAUUUGUUACUGUUCCUAAAUAUUUGAACUGUUUAUCAUGUUUUAAAAAUGUGUUCACCAUGUUUGUGUUAUAAUUCUGGGGACGAGAC